GCAGAAUCUUCUAAACAAGGCCGACACUUUCACGCGCGCUCAAAUACAACACAAAACGACCCAGAGUGUGAACCAGAAGCUUAACUGAUUCCCCUUAGUCUCAGAUUUCCUCCAGAAAAGUCGGAACUAGCAAUUUGGGAAGCACAAUUGGAGAAGCAAUGCCCUAGACAGGGUAUGCAAAACCCUUAGACAUGCGCGAACUACGUCAAGGACCCCCUAAAGAACCAUGUUUCAUCGAUUAAUAGUUGCCUGAUGGCUGCGGUAUAUUUAUUCCUCUAUGAAGGCUCUCCACCAAAAUACCUUUUUUUUUUUUUUUUUUCUAUUUGAAAAUCUGAAACUGCUUUUAAAGGCGAGAACCCUGGAUUUGUAGUGGAGAUUUGAAUUAAUGCCUCAGGCAGCCAUACUCCCGAAGCGGCAGAACAGGAACGAAUACGACUGAACCUCGCUGUCCUCCUCCUCCCGUCUUUCCUGCGCUAUAGCGGGCAUCAGAGCUAUGAAUACAGAACAGCAUUCAAAGAAAGUCCGGUCUCGUCGAACACAUCGCAAGUCGAAGCUAGGAUGUGAAAAUUGUAAAAAGCGUCGGAUCAAGUGCGAUGAACAGAAACCGGCUUGCAGCAACUGCCUCCAUCAUUCAAUAGACUGCGACUUCUCGUCUCGGAAAGCGUCAGAAUCCCGAUCAGAGUCCUCCACCCCGUCAUCCCGACGAUAUACGUUCCGCCAUUCCACCUAUCAAUCAAUCGCUUCUCCCUUGAGCACAACGCCCGAACCCACCUCUCACUCGAGAGGCACCCAGUGCGAUCCCCUACCGGCCCUACCACCGAUAGGAAUCUCCCUCGCGGACCUCCACCUCUUCCAUCAUUUCGUGGUAUCUACCUAUCGCACGCUGGCAGAUGAAGCCGCAGACUCGGAUAGCGUGUGGCAGAUCCACGUCCCGCAAUGGGGGUUCUCCUUCCCGUCGAUCCAACAUCUCAUCCUGGCUCUGGCCGCGCUGCAUCUGGGGUACUUGAACCCGGAGAUCCGGGCGCAGUAUGUGAAGCAGGCAGACGACCAUUUCACAUUCGGGGUUCGCUCCGUGUCUACUGUGCUGGCCCAGCUAAAUUCGGAGAACUGCCAGCUCAUCUACAUAUCGGCCGUGCUGAUCUGUUUUGUAUACUUCGGCCGCGGGCCCCGAGCGGGAGAGUACCUGGUUUUCAACGCCAAGGGGAAAUCCGAGUGGCUGGUGCUCCUGCAUGCGGUCCGCGCCAUUCUCGCUUCCAAGCAGGACGAGAUUUUCACGGGGGUGCUGGUUAUAAAGAAGAUGGAUUACGGCGCCCGAGAUUCCCUCCCGCCUCUCCUCAGAGAUGAAUUGGCGCAACAUGAGUUCCGGAUCGGAGAGGUUCGGGCGCUGGUUGGGUCGCGGAUCUUGGAUCCAGAGCUGCAACAGGUUUACUUUCAUGCGGUGGACGAUCUCCUUACGGCGAUGGGGCAGAUGUAUGAGCGCAGGGGCACUGGAUGCCGUGCGACCGACUUGAUGCCCUGCACGAUGGGGUGGACGUUUCGGCUCUCGGAGAAGUUCAUCGAGCGGUUAGAGGAGAAGGAACCCCUCGCGCUGAUUAUUCUCGCCUACUGGGCCAUUCUACUCCGGUACCUGAGGGAUGCAUGGUUUAUGCAAGGGUGGGAUGAGCAUAUCAUUACCGGAAUACGCGCAUCGAUUCAUUUUGAGUUGCAUGAGUGGAUUGCAUGGCCGGAGCAGGUGAUCCGUCAAAUAUAA